AUGCUGAAAGAAGUAGAGGGCGAGAUGGUAGGAGACAGCAUGAAAGCGAGAUUGACCAUGUACAACUCUAUCGUAAAUGUCGUGCACAUGGAAGAACUCUUCGCAAAUUAUGGCAAGAAGAAGCAGCCGGUUAAGAUGAACACUGUCCCGGAUUUUAAGGAUGCCAUCCAGAAUCCAGAGGAGGCGAUGGCGCAAGUCUUGGCUAUGUCUGCCAAGCACAAGACUGUCGGGAGGUUCGAUCAUGGCUACGAUGCACACAGCAGCAAGCCGUUGUCACCAUGGUAA